UCGUUAGGUCCAUUCCAGAACUGAGAAGUUACAGAACGAUGUAGGAAUCCGAGGAUAUUCAAUCCUGGUUCCUAGCCAGUAAUGUUCUUUAGGGGUUACCGCCUGUUCAUUGUGUACAAGACUGUCAGUACAGAAUCAAGUAGUGAAUGACCGGGUGCCCAGGUUAGGCUGAGGGAUACAUAUAAGGCUAACUUGAACGGCAGAAGUCUUUCACUAAAGUCAAGCUCACAUGGUUCAUCUGAAUAAGGAUUCAUGUGCCGGUCAAAGCUUUACUUUAUUUGAGCAGCCGCGUUACUGCUUUACUUCAUCCAAUUUAUCGGGUUUUGGGUAUAUGAUUGCCUAUACUUAUGUGUGCGUUUGCGUUAUAAGUAUACAGCUUAUAACCGUAGCAACGCUUUCCUUCCCUCCUGCUUUCCCUUGGAUCCUUUCCCGAUUCCGUCCCUCUACCUCGGUCUCGAAGUUCAGGAUUUCCUAUACACACGGGAUGUUUCGACGAUGGGGUCCACGAUGGUGUAGGGGAACUGGAAAUGUCUCGUUAAUGAUGAUUUUCCUGUGUUUGCUGCUCCUCUCGUUGAAUAUAGGGACUGAGAUAUCUGGAGCAAUGGCUGCCCCGGUCCAUAUGUACCACCGUAAUAUGGCGGCAAGGGAUUUGGAGAUGUCAUUAUUCACUAGAAACUUGGACGUCAUGUGGAGAGUUGAUGUAGAUGAUCUGGAGGAGGAGGGUAAAGAAGGAGUAUUGUUAGAAGCAUGUGGAUGGGACAAGUUAAAUUUCGGAUAAAUACUGGCUUCUUCAAUUCAUCUACCCCCUGCCCCACUUCUUUACCUCUUUCUCACCUCGUUUCUAAAAGUCAAAGCUACAAGAA